AUGGACGAUGGUUCGAUGGAGAAGACAGAACAGAGAAAUCAGAAGAACACUGAAGUGCUGAAAAUACCUGAUAGAGUGAUCAUGGAUAAAGGAAGUGAAAAAAUGUUAAUGAAUAUGGUUGCUCAAGAUCUAAGUAUUGCUGAUAUGGAUUUAAAUGUUGAGUCAUCCAUUAAUACUUCACAGCUUAAUACUGAUACUAUUGUGGCCAAGACAGAAGAUUACUACCUUCGUUCUCCAAUCAAGAACAUUGAUGAUAUUCCAGAUUAUAACGAGGAAAUAGGUUUGCCCAUCAUUGCUACUGUCAUCAGUUUUGAUUUAGACGAAGGCUGGUAUUCAUUUUAUUGUCGUGACUGUUCAAAAAAAGUAAGUAAGAAUGAUGAUGAUAGUAAUGUUGAACCAUUUAAUUUUGAUGGUUGCGGUGGAGUUUCUGAUGUUUACGGCAAGGUGAGGGUCAUAAUUCGUGUUCAAGAUGAAACUGGUUCUGCAUCUUUUGUAUUGUUUGACCGUCAUGUUAAAGAUGUUAUUCACAGCGAUUGUGGGAUCGAAAACGACAAAUUGACAGAUCAGUCCAGAACUGAAUCGAUCAUUGAAGAUAGGCGGAGAUGCGAAUCGAUCGUCAGAAAUGAGGCAGAGAUCGAUCGUCGGUUUAUCGUUGUUGUUAUCCUAGGAUUUAUUGCUACAAUUUUCAGUUGGUGA